UCAGUAACUUCAAUCAGUACAUUAAUUUUAACGUCCGUACCAGAGAUUAGUAGGUUCGUACUUGACGUGACUAUGUCCUGCGAGGACACUGAGCGUAGCGCGAUGGCAGAUGAGGGAAAAAAAAUUUCUUUUGGUUUUUCUAAAACUGUUAAAAAACCACUCAUCAAAAAUGCAGCACCAGUGGAAGAGAAAGCUGUUGAUUAUAUCGACUGUGUAGACGACAAAGCUAUCAAAAUUGUUGGAAAAGAAGACAAGAAAGAUGAACCUUUGGUCAUUCCUAUGCUUGGCUCAAAAACUUGGCAUGAUAGAAUAAUCAAUAAAGUAGAUGCUGAUAUUUUUGAGCCUAAAAAGACUGAUACUGAAAUUAAAAAGGAACUAAAUAAAGAUAUUAAAGUUAAAGAAGAAAAAAAUGUGAAUAUGACCAAUGGGAAUGCUAAGAAUGGAAAUGUGCAGCUUAUGGAAAUUGAUAGUGUAAAAAUCAAAGAAGAACCAAAGGAUCCAGAAGCAAUUGAACCAAUAACUUUGGAACAGCAAGCAGCUCAAGAAAUUUUAGCAGACUUGAAAGAAGAAGAAAAUAAGAGUAAAGAACAAACAUCAUUUACUGUGCCAAUGGCUGAUGAUGACUUGAAAGGUAGAGAAGAGUCUACUUUAGAGGACUAUGAAAAAAUUCCCAUUGAAGCAUUUGGUAUGGCUAUGUUACGUGGAAUGGGUUGGAAAGCAGAAGAAGGAGUUGGAAAAAAUGCAAAAGUCGUUGCACCAUCGAUUCCAGAAGUGCGACCAAAAGGAAUGGGUCUAGGAGCAGACAAAUUAGCCAUACAAAAAACUAAAGCAAAGCUCACAAAAGAAGAAGAAAAUCUUAAAAUAGUUCAAGGAUGUUGUGUCAAAAUCAUAGCAGGCAAACAAAAUGGCAAUUAUGGAAAAAUAGAAGGACUUGAUGAAGAUACUGGCAGGAUUCUUGUAAGACUUGCACUUGGAAAUGAAGUAAUUUCAUUAGUGAAUGAAAUUCUGGUUCAGCCAGUUACUAAUGAAGAGUAUUCGAAAAAUUCUAGAGUUUUAAAUAUGAAGACAUACGAAGAACAUAAAAAUAAAAAAGAAAAUAACGUUAAAAACGUAAAGCAAGAAUGUGUAUCUCCUAAAAGUGAAAAAGAUAGUGAUGAUGAUAGAGACAAAAAAAGUAAAAAAUCCAAGAAAAAAUCAAGGAGCAGAAGAAAUGAAUCUGAGAAUGAAAGCAGUCUAGAAAGGCAAUUUAAAAAAAAGAAAAGAGAUUCGUCCAGCAGUAGCGAUGAUUAUUCCAGGAGGAAAAGUUCAAAGAAAUCUAAAAAACACAAGAGUCGAGAUAGUUCUGCUGAAAGAUCGAGUCGCAAGAAUAAAAGGAAAGAUAAAGAGCGAGAAAAAUCAAGGCAUAAGAAAUCUGACUAUUCUGAUUCUUCAGAGAGAGCAAGAAACAAAGCUAGAGAUCAUAGACGAUCUAGGUCAAAAAGUCAUUCUCCAAAACACCGCCGGAGAAAUCGUUCGCGUAGUCAUUCGCCUAAACGGUGAAGGUGAAUUUCAAUUAAAUCCUAUGGAUUUUUAAGAUCAUUAUCAUGAUUAAUAUUUUGUAUACAUUUUUGUUGUUAUUUAGAGCAAAUUUUGUACAGUUAGCAUAUAUUAUGACUAGUGACUGUCAAUCACGUGGUACAUCUAAGCUAUUUAUAUACUUUGUCUAUUUGUUUUACAAAUUUAUGAUGAUUAAUGAUUUUUAAUUUGAUUUUAAAAUUGAUGCAAAAUAAAGUUGUGAAAAAGAUUUUGUUCAUUUUCAG